AUGAUAUUCGGUUUCCGAUUCCAUUUCGGUAGAGGCUUUGUUCUUCGCCGGAUAACCUGGGACAUUUGCAUUAAAAUUCUUGAUGUUUUCGGAUGCUGUGGAGGUAGAAGAAGUAAACGACCAACAACUACGCAAACAACCAUUAUUACAGAGACGACGGAAUCGGCCUUACCGACAGAGAACGUCAGGUUCAAGACGACAAGUAAACAAUGGGUUCGACAUCCGUACCAAUAUCAAUCUAUCUUUAACAUCUUGAACGAACGAAGAAAUGUGAUUCGAGAAGCGACCACAGAUUACAUAACUAAACAGUAUUCAUUCAAUUGUCAUAACGUUCGCAAAUUCAUUUGA